CAAAAAUUGUGUGAAAUAAUUAAAGAAAAUAUAAUAUAAGAUUUAUUGAUUUAAUCAUGGAGAAGCCGAUACAUCCAGCUGGCAAAGUUUCUCAAAUAGCAAAUCUUUUUCAGAGAAAACAUGUCGAGAACUCAAUAGCUGUGGUUCGUACGGAAUCGCAUUCAACCCGUUUUAAUAACGCUCGAGCUCUUUUUGAAAAGCUUGGAGUUGAGAGUAACUCAAAUUUAAGCAUUAAGAUAUCGCGUUCAAACUCGCGUGAUGAUAAUCUAUGCGAUUUAAAUCACCCUGAUCGCUGUUCAUCAAGGUCCUCAGAUCAUUCGGCUUCUCCACCAAAAAAACAUUCACCAUUUCCUCCAGGAGCAAAUGUCGCCGCAUCAGUGGUGAACAAUAAUUGCACACAAAGUAACGGAUGUGUGACAACAAAUAACGUAAAAUUUAUUGUUGAGCCAUCACCAAAACUACAUCACAAUGUAUCUCGUAUUAAAUCGGAUGAUAUUUGUUCAUCUAGUAUUGGAGGAUUAUUGCAAUCAGUCGAUAAACCAGAAAAGCCUGAACGCAAAUUUAAUUCACGUGAAUUAAUUGAAAAGCAGAAGAAAUGGACUUCCCAUUUUACAAAAACAAAAUCAAAUCGUAAUCACAGUGAUCAAAAUCGUUGUGAUAUAAUUCGCACUGGUCCUGGUACUAUUCUUAUACCAGGUUCAUGCAUUCAAUUGAAGGAAAAUACAGAUUCUGUAUCUAUUGACAAUUCUUUAAGUGAAAGCUAUAAAGUUGUUCCAACUGAUGCUGAAAUGAAACCACCAGCCUUGAUUAAUUCUUUAACGUCUGUAAUAAGCAAACCGCCAAGUCCACCAGCUCGACAAAAAAUAAUACCACCAGAGAUAAAACCGAGAAAUUGUAAUAAAGUGUCGAGUCCUGUAAAAUCACCGCCUUUACCACCUCUACCAUCUGUAAAGCCAAAAAAUGCAAGCCCUGUUAAAGUUUUGUCAGAUUGUGUGCGAUCUCCAACUAAGACUGAUAAAACUUCGUUUGCUCAUUUAAAUAUAACUUCAACUUCGCCUUUGAAACAUUCUAUUGAAGAAGACACAAACAAAAUUGUGCCAUCGGAGAAAGAUCCGAUGACACCUAUUGAAAAUUGUCGCGAUGUUGGAAGGAACCAUUCUUCCACUUCUGUUAUCUGUUCAUCUUUCUCUUCCAAAGUGUCAUCAUCAGGACUGUGCUCUCCUGUUCAAACUGAAAAUGAGAAACAGGAAAAUGAAUCAACGGAAAAGUCUGAGGUUCAAAGUUUUUCUAAAGACUUGUAUGAUCAUCAGUAUGACAAUGGUUAUUCCAAUAAAUCAGACUGCCAGGAUCAACAAUUAGAUGCCACAAACUCUAUCUCGCCAUUAAAACACUUGCCAGCGCCUGUGACUAAUACAUCAUCAAAUAUCAUACAAACCCCUGAGAUAUGUUCUCGUUCUUCCAAUAUUAAAUCUUCAUUAGCCAGUAAUAACAAAGCAGCGACAUGUGAAAAUAAUAAAACGGUUUAUACAGAUGUAAUUUCUGAGGAGCAUACACUAAAUUAUGUUGAUGUUGGCUUUAGACAUAAUCCAGAUGGAAGUGAGUCAAAUGACGCAUUUGGUGAAAGUCAGUUUCAUAAUGUAUCAAGUGCUUCGGAAUUGCAAAAGAAAUUUAAAGCAAAUGGUUUUGCCCAAGAAACUUCUACAGUGUAUGCAACUAUUAAACCGGAAAUCCCGCCUCUUAAUGAACUCUAUUAUGGCUCAAUAAUCGAUAAAGGUAAAGUUCCUUUAUCAAGCUCAACAAAAAUAAAUGAAACGAAUAAUAGCGCCAGUAUAUCAUCAUCGUCCACAACAGAAAAUUUGCAUUUAGUUAAUGAUGUCUCAUCCACUGAUGAUUGCGAAACGUUUAAUUUGUUGUCAUCUAAAGAGAAUAAUCAAUCGAUUUUACCAUCUACCAAUGAUAUAAAAACCAUCGAUUCAUUUCAAGCAGAUGUUUUAAAGGAGAUAACGUCUAAUUUUCCUCAAAUUAAUGAGUUUGAUAUAGAAAAACAAGGUUUGCUAUCUACGGAAUCUACAGAUAUUUGUACUACAGAACACAUUGAAAAUGUAAAGAAGUUUGAUUUGGACAAUUUAUCAACUACACCAACUCAUAAAAGUAUUCGGACAUCACCAAGGAUUACAAAGCCAGCUGCUGAAAAUAUUAUUCGCGACGAUACUCUGCCAGAUGCAAUGACAGCCGAUGAGGCCGAACGCUUGCUAAGUUCAAGAAUUUUGGAAAGUAAAAUAAGACAACAGCCUUUGCUCUCAGAUGAGCAAGCUAAAGAAGUUGAACAGAUAUUAUCUGUUGUCCCUUCAGUGGGAGCAGAAGUGGCUACAGUUGUUAUUCCAUCUACUGUGUCAACGAGUAUUAAUGACGAUACGACCGAUUUAUUAAGUUCAGCUCUAGACGUAGAAAAAUAUGAUAAAGAAUUAUAUAAUAUAGAUAAUGGAAAAGAUAUUGACACAGUUAAAGAAAAUGAACUUGAUGAUAUAAAUGGUUUAGGAACCACCCAAAUGAAUUUAAAAAAUGCAUUAAGUUAUGAUAAAAUAGACGAUGAAGAUGAGGAACCUGAAUGGUUACGUGAUGUGCUAGAUGCUCCAAACCGAAGUUUUGAGAACUUACAAAUUGUUCAAACGAAUAAAAUGAGUGACGAUGUUAGAGAAAAAGGUGAAAAUGAUGAAAAUAUUAAAGAGGAAAUUAUAAGUGAAAUAAAUAAACUAAAAAAAUUUGAGAAACGCGAUCAAAUAAUGAAUGAUAUAAAAUCAGUACAAUCAAAUGAAAAAUCUGUUGCAAGUCCACAAGAUUUUUUUAAUCAAACUACAAUACAGGAUUCAUUACAUGAAUCGAUUGCAUCAAUUGAUUCAACUCAAUCGGAUAUAACACUUAAUCAGACUACAACAAUUGAUGAUAGUAUUAUAUCAAGUAAACAUAAUUCUACGUAUUCUUUGAUUGAAGGUGAAAAAGAUUCUAUUAAUUUCAAUAAUUCGUAUACUACUGCUGACUUAGAAGAUUCACAGUAUUACAUACCAGAAUAUCCUCCAGUGCGAAGCAAAGAAGUUUAUGUAGAAUCUGGCGUACAUUAUUUUGAAGAUGGGAAUUUUUGGAUGGAAGUACCAGGUUUGUUGGACUUCGAUAACGAUGAUCUUUUAUAUCCCUCCAUAUGCGUGAAAAGAAAUACUAAAGUACGUUUUAGUUCUGGACCGAUACAAGUGUUUUCAACAUUUUCUGUUACUGAUUAUGAUCGUCGAAAUGAGGAUGUCGAUCCUGUUGCUGCUUCAGCAGAAUAUGAAUUGGAAAAGCGUGUCGAAAAAAUGCAUGUAUUUCCCGUUGAAUUAAUGAAAGGACCAGAGGGUUUAGGUCUCAGUAUAAUUGGAAUGGGAGUUGGAGCUGAUGCCGGACUCGAAAAAUUAGGAAUAUUUGUAAAAACUAUUACUGAUAAUGGAGCAGCAGCACGUGAUGGACGCAUUCAGGUGAAUGACCAAAUAAUUGAAGUCGAUGGUAAAAGUUUAGUGGGAGUAACUCAAGCCUAUGCUGCAUCUGUAUUGCGUAACACUUCAGGACUAGUCAAGUUUCAAAUUGGACGGGAAAAAGAUCCAGAAAACUCAGAGGUAGCACAAUUAAUAAGGUUGAGUUUACAAGCAGAUCGUGAAAAGGAGGAAAGAUUAAAAAGACAACAGGAUGAAUAUUUACGUCGCACUCUUGAUUAUUCUGAAGAGUCUACACAGCCAAUAUCAGCUAAUUCAAGCGUAUGCGAUGGCCCAACAAGCCCUGUUCAAAUAGAUAACCCAAUCACAAUGGAAGUUGAAGCUACUCACUCACAGGAAGUUGAGUCACUUAAAAGAUUAUUACAAGAGAAUGAAGUAAAUUGCAUUUUAAAAGACGAUUUUAUAGAAAAACUAAAAAUGAAGUUGGUGAAACUGGAAACAACUGGCAACGAGAAUGAAUUAUUGAAUGAACGACUACGCCAGUGUGAAAGGGAAUUAACUAAUAUUAAAAAAGAGGCUUUGAAUCUACAGAACAUGUUACAGCAAUCGCAGACUCAAUACAUGACUUUAGAUAAAAAAUAUAAUAAAACGAAAAAACUUGUACGGGAAUAUCAGCAACGUGAAAUUGAUAUGUGUCAUCGAGAAGAAUUCUACCAGCAGCUUUUACAAGAAAAAGAUACUGAAUACAAUGCGUUGGUCAAGAAGCUUAAAGAUCGCGUUAUUAACUUGGAACACGAAUUACAAGAAACGCAAAAAAAAGCUGGUUUUCCUAUUAGUUUGCCAUAUGAUAGUACCACACUGAAAUUAACACCACAAAUGAUUAGAAAGGCACCGCCAAAACCACUUUUUCAAAAGUUAGACACUGAACUCUCAGAUACUGAAAUUUCUGACUUAUCGCCAGAUGGCGAAGGCGUAAAAACGGCUACGGUGGAAAGAAAAAUUCCAAUCAAAGACGAAUUGGAUGCCGCUGUGCCACCCCAUGAGCUAUUGGACAAUUCAGUUACAAAAACUAAGAAAGAUUUAGCUUCCAGGAGCGGCUUAGCUAACCGGCAGUUGCCCACAUCGUCAAUCAGUUUGAACUUUCCAAACAAAGAACACCACAAUGAAGCUAUAGGAGAAGAUUUGAAUAAAGUUCAAAAUAAUGUUACUUCUGAAUAUGAAUCUCUAGAAUCUGAAGAGCCAUUGUCGCAUGAAAGUAUUCAACAGCAACAAACUGUCAAUAACUUAAGUGGAAAUUCUAAUCAAUUAAAUCACACCACAGGCACAACUACUGCUAUAUUACUCAAUUGCAUUUCGCCUUCCUCAGCCUCUAAUUCAGUAGCAGUAUCAGUAUCAUCUCGAGAAUUACAAAUAAAUCAACUGUAUGCGCAAGUGCAGAAAGAUCAUAAGAAUUUAAGUACACAUUCAACAAUACCAAAUAUAUUUAAAACAGCAAUUGGUUCUCCAGUUGAAAUAUCCGGUAAUGUUAAUGAUUUUUAUCGAGGAAAUAUGAUAACAUUCGGAACUGGUAAUCGAGAACUCAAUAACUCAUACGAUUCUAUUUUGGGAUCAAACGAUAAACUUUCCGAAACUGAGCAGUCUGAAAAUUGGAUGUAUCCUAGCAGAAAAAGAGUAACUUCAACUGCUAUCUCAUCUUCUGGAAAAAUACAGACAAUUUCAUUAUCAGAUCAUCUUUCACAAUCCUUACCAGAACGAGAAAGAAGACUUGGAGAUGGUUCAUCACGACACUCAAGUGAUGAUUACACUGAAGUCAAUAAAAAUCAAAGCACAGCGGCUAUAAACUGUAAAACUUUAAUUAACGAAAUUCGACAAGCAGUAAACGAAGCGCAACCUAAAGUUAAAAAAGUUAUUCCUCAAUCUCUUUCACCACCUGGCACAGUACCAUGGCAGCAACAGCAACAACAAACAACAGGACCACCGUCUCCAACCAGCAUGUCUUCUGGCUGUUCUUCUCCCGGAUAUUCACCCAGUCGAGUUUUAAACUUGUCCGGUUCAAGCAAUAGUUUCUCAGAUCGAAAAGCCUCUGCAGGUUAUAAUUAUAAAGGUGGUCCUGUACAUGAGUGGACGAAGGAUCAGGUUGGGCAUUGGCUUUUGGGAAUAGAAUUAGAACGUUACAUUCCAGUUUUCAAAGAUCACAAUGUUGAAGGUGGCGCGUUACUUACACUUGAUUCAAAAGAUUUCAAGACGCUUGGAAUAAGCGGUGAAGAUAAGCAGCGGUUAAAGCGACGUCUGAAAGACCUAAAAUCUAGUAUUGAAAAGGAACGUAGAGAUCAGGAGCGCGAACGUCGAGAAAGAGAAAAAGCGAUAAAAAAAGCAGAGAAAAAAGCGGCCAAAAAAAAGUAAAUUUAAGUAGUCAAACAUUAA